AUGCUCGCACUUGACGUUCGAGGCUGGUUUCGUCGCCUCAAGCGGCAUUGGACCUAUCAAAGAUUUGAUGCAGACCGAGAGAUGUAUAGCGUUGGCGAAGGGUGCGGUUCAGCAGAAAGUGAUUGGGAGACGUACGAUUCGACAAGCACCUCAGAAUAUGAGUCGGCGCACUCUGGUUCAAUAGGACACACGCAAAGCUCUGGCAAGAGAUUCAACCCCGAGUCGAAGCUGGAUAGGAUGCCCAUGGAGAUUCUUAUCAUGAUCGAUGAUCAUCUCACAAACGCAUCUCGAAUGGCAUUCGCCUUGACCUGUCGCUCAAUCUACCCAGUUCAUUUCGAUGCCAAUAAGUAUCCUCCGCUUUAUCCUUCGCUCGUCACUAGGAAGGACAGAGAGGAGUUUCUGCAGCUUCUUGAGAAGGAUGUCGCCAAUCUCUUCUUCUGCCAUACUUGUACUGUUUUGCAUUCAUGGAGUACAAAUUGGGGGAUAUCUGGGUCAGCACGAUUGUCCUACAAACCCUGCAAGGAUUGGAAUUACCAACAGGUAACGUUGUGUGGCAUUGACCAACUGAAAUUCUGCGCAGCCCGGCUAUUCAUUAAUUGCCACCUCUAUGGACCUGCGCAUGGAUUGCCUCUCUCAAAGCUAGAGAGGCAAUCGAAUACUACAAGUCCAAGUGGUGUUCACAUGCAAGUCGUCCGAAGAGGACGAAUCUUGGAAGACGAGCUUUUUAUCCUAGUCACAUACACCAUCAAAGGCUCUCAGGGCAGAGGAGGUAGCUUGCGUCGGUUCAUGGAACAAUCCGACAUAACCAUUUGCAACCACGUUCAUGCGACUGACGACAGUUCCACCUUAUACGAUUGGAAAGCGGGGAAGCUCAGGAGUCAUAGCCUUGACGUGCCCUUAGUUCCUUGCGAAACUACCACAGAAUCAUGUCCCAUGUGUCUCACGGACUACUCAGUCCAGAUCACUAGGCUAGAGCAGGGGCAGGGUUGGACUGUCGUUCUCGAUGUUUACAAGCAGCUGGGCGGCUGCCGAUCUCCAUACGACUGGAAAUGGAGAUGCGCGAGUGAAAGAAGCUUCAUGAACGAGCCGAGGUCCAUCAACAAUCAGGCGGGAGUGGUGAGAAAUCGUUGGGCGACGGCUGAUGGCAUGAAGAGAAGUGUCGCAAAAUUUGUGGGCCGGCCGAAUAAUAUGAAGUAUUUUAUUGUCGGCAUAAGACGCUGUCCCUGGAAUAGCUUUUGCAAACGUGGGAGUCACGAUUGCGCAAAGUACUAG